UAGGCACGUGGCAGAAUAAAUAGCAUCGGCUUUAGAAUUGACAACUUUUCAGGCAAUAGCUCGAAAAUCACACAUAUUCAGUGCACUCAAUACCCAAAUAACACCUCCAAAUUUUUCUCAUUGCCGUGUGGUUGCACAUUUCAACAAAUCUCGCAAUUACAAUACUCACGACAAUGUCGUCGAUGUCCGAGAACGCAAUCACGUAUCCUAAGGCGUUAGUUGCCAAAUUGGGAACGCAGCUGAUUGCCAAGGACCUACCGAAGGAGAUUGUCGAGCUGAACGAGCUGCUCGACUCGCCGAUGUUCAAAGAGGUCGAGCAGGAGCAAGGCACUCCGGUCCUGCCUUCGGCUGGCAAGGCGGUCUGCGAGAUGAUGGAAGUGGUCAAGCCCAUCCUGCGCACUCUGAUAGCGAAUGCGAAUCUCUUCAAUCUGUGGGUAUCGUCAAUGAUACCGGAAGGAGUGUCCGGUGACAGCCUUGGGGUCUCCAUCCAGAAGCAUCUCCAAGAAGAAAUCGUGAAGGUCCAGUCAGAGGCCGAUGCCUACUUCGAAACGUUUCCGAAGUACUUCGAAACGCGUGCUAAAGCCGCUAGAAUAGCGUCCGAGUAUCCGCACGUGGAGGAGUGCGGACAACUUGUGGUCGAGAUGGACCAGAUUAAUAUAUUAUUUCUGCAGAACAUUGUCCGCGAGGUGCGCAAUUUCUACUCCUUGCUCCACGACUUCGGCACUAAGAACUGGGACAAGCUUCAGAGCGGCCAAUCGUCGAAUACCAACGGCUAUCACUGAUCCACGCAUACAAUAUAUACUAAACACACUCGUA